AAUGGCUCAUAAGUUAUCUUAAAAUUGGGUUUUUUGGUAUGCUCCAAGAGGUAGAAAGGCUAUAGCAGGAUCAGAUCAUUAUGAUGUAAAUUUAAAAGAGAUUGGUGAAUUUAAUACAGUGGAGGAAUUUUACAGUUAUUAUUGUUAUUUACAAAGACCAAGUGAAGUAAAUAUAAAUUGAAUUUUAUAGGUUGAAAUCGAUAAUAAAAUCAUGAUGUUUAGAAAGGAACAUAAACCUAUGUGGGAGGAGUGUUUGGAUGGGGGAACUUGGAUUAUUCACUUUAAGAAGAGAGAAAAUGAAUUGCUGAAUAAAAAAUGGGAAGCUCUUCUUUUAGGUUAUUUGUUUUGGAUUAUUAAUAGCAUGUAUUGGAGAAGAAUUUGAUGAUGAUAAUGUUAUAGGAGUAGUACUAUCAAUUAGGGAGAGAAGAAAUUUAUUAGAGAUUUGGUUAAAAGAUAGGAGAGAGAGUGAAAAAAUUAGAAUAGGUGAGAAGUUGAGAUUUGCACUUGAAAUGGAUCCUAAUAAUCUUACUUUCUUUUUUAAAGAACAUAGUAAGAGUUUAAAUGUAUCUAUUAUAUUUAUGAAUUUAGGAUAAAUCAACUAUGAAAGGAGCUGAAUCAUAUACAUUUGUCAAAACUCCACUUGAAACACCUCAAACAGAACCUAAAGGACAUCAUCCAGAAUUAGAUUAAUUCAAGCUUUGAUU